UUCUGGCGGGAACCUUUUUGUUGUUGUUUACUGUACUUGUUUACGAAUGUGUGAGGGAGAUGGUGAAUUAAAAAUGCGAAUUUUCAUUCGAAAAGAACUGAGAAAUGUCAAAAACUCUACACUAAAACUCACACCCACAGAUAUUGUGCAAAGUAUUCGGACCAACACAUAUUUAAAAUUUUGGUUUGCGAUUUUAGUCAAAAAACACUUCGUUUUUGAUUAGACUCGUGUCACAUUUUUAUGAUUUCAUUUUUAUUUUUCAACUACUGGAGGGGCUUAAGCGAUAUAUAUCUUCGUAAAUUUAUUUGAUUUUCUGUAAUCUUCUUUGGCCUGGAUGUAAACAAAUGGGUAUCUUUAUUCAUACAUGAAUCAUUGGGUAGGAAAUGUAAACACUAUAGAUAGAAUCUCAAGUUAUUGUGUUAUGGAUGACACUAGAGGCUUCACCCACCAUGCACGGCAAAAGUACUGCCUAAAUCGUUUGGCGUACCGAAGGGGUCGUCGACUACGGGCAGUUAAGGUAUAUACCGUGGCAAAUGAAUCCAAUCAUCUACUAGUAUUCGGUGUGCCAAAGAUUAAUUUAAAACAAGAAAUAAAAUGUAAGCUCAAACGGUGUGGAGAGGUUGAAUUUAUCCAAGCCGUAACAGAGGAAAUGGCUUUAAAAGUGGAAUUGGAAGCCUUCACUGAUGUGUAUCAUGUAAAAUUUACAAAAGUCCAAGCAGCUCGACUUGCUAAGCUCUAUUUGGACGCACAAGAGUUUUAUGGCGGCAUACUUCAUAUCUCAUAUGCACCAGAAUAUGAAAGUAUAAAUGAGUUACGCCAAAAAUUAUCACAAAGAAAAGCUGAAACUAACCAUAGACGAAAUGUUAACAAAAAAGCGGUAUUAACAUUAGCUUCUUUUACACAAAAUAUUGAACCAUCUGAAAAGAGGAUUAAAGAGUCCUAAAGAUUUUACAAUUAUAACAUAAAAGAAAAACGAUGUUUGAUUUGCUUUUUAAUUUUUUUUUUUUGCAUGAAAACUUAGGCAAGUUAAAUACAUAAGAAUGCAUAAAAAUA